AGAGAGAGAGAGAGAUAGAGAGAAAAGAGAAGAGGCUGGAUCAUUGGCCUGUGAUCUAAAGCCGAAAGAUUCUGUUUGGCGUUGAAAAAGAAAUCGAUGACUUGCCAAAAGAAUAUCAACUGAAAAAUCUGGAUCCACUGGAAACUUUAUGGAUUUCUUCGAAGGUCUUACAUAUGAGCAUGUGAAUUUCAUCUUCGCAGAUCCUUUGUAUGCUCAGGAGAGUGCAUACCCUUCAAUGAAUACCAGUUUGUACAAAUUCGGGUUAUCUGAACCUGGGAGUUUCUCGUACUAUGAUUAUGGUCAUGCUUAUGUGGUAAAUGAUCAUGCACGGGGAGUUGAUGAAUAUAGUAGGGAGAGCACUCCAAUACUGGUUGAUCAGCAGACUGCAGCUUUACAUGCACAAUGUGAGGGAAAUUCUAGUGCGACUUCACAUGCGAAUCCUGUGGAAUGUAAGUUCUGA